AUGCUUCGCCGUCCACUGCAAACCCUGCCGCGCUCCAGCGGAGUGCGCUUCUCCAGCUCCUCCGCUGGCGCUUCUGGCUCAUCCAACGGAGUUGCAGGGAACAACUCGAGGCGAGCGCUCUACAUCGCCGGGGGAGCAGCCGUCCUGGCUACCGGCUUCACCCUUUCGGGCUUCGGCAGCAGCAUUUAUGCUGACCAAAAGGGAGUUCAAGGAGAUGUCAGACCCCACCCGCUCUGGGUUCCGCCAACCAGAGCCCAGAUGAUCGCAGCUCUCAAAGCAUCUUCAGCUGCUAGUCUUCGACCUCAGACUGACCGCAUCGCCUCUGACAAUAGCUCGCUCGGAGUCAAAGCUGCGGAGGCCAAGAGCUCUGCCCCCAGUCCUGCCAGCAGCGAAGACAGCAAAGGCUUGGCACCUGGCAGAGUCGGUGACGAGGAUGGAGAUGGCUUCGACCUUCUCAUCGUCGGCGGUGGUGCCACUGGAGCUGGUGUCGCCGUCGAUGCCGCCACACGUGGUCUCAGUGUUGCUCUGGUGGAGCGUGAUGACUUUGGCGCAGGUGAGUGAGCUGCGCCUCAUUCACUUGGAUACAGCGAGUACCGAAAGCUGACCCGCCUCUCAUCCAAUGCGCGCUCGCCCUCAGGCACGUCUUCCAAGAGCACCAAGCUGAUUCACGGAGGUGUGCGCUACUUGCAAAAGGCUGUCUUUGAGCUCGACUACGAUCAGUACAAGAUGGUCAAGGAAGCGCUGCACGAGCGCAAGACUUUCCUGCACAUUGCUCCUUACCUCUCCGAGCACCUGCCCAUCAUGCUGCCAGUAUACCGGUGAGUAGCGACGCUGCUUGUUGAGCGCUUGCCAUUGCUACUCAGGCCUGCGACGCACUCUGCUCACAUCUUGUCUCGCUGUUCCCCGCAGCUGGUGGCAAAUUCCUUACUACUGGGCAGGCACAAAGAUGUACGACGUUCUUGCUGGAUCAGAGAACAUGGAGUCUUCCUACGUCCUUGGCAAGGGCAAAGCGUUGGAAGCUUUCCCAAUGCUCAAGGCCACCGGUCUUGCAGGCGCAGUUGUCUAUUACGAUGGGCAGCACAAUGACACCCGCAUGAACGUGGCUCUGGCUCUCACUGCCAUUCAUCAUGGCGCCGUCGUAGCGAACCAUACUGAAGUGGUAGCGCUGCACAAGAAGCAAGUGCAAGGCAAGCCUGACCAAGUGUGCGGCGCUCGCAUGCGUGAUCUUCUCACCGGAGAUGAGUGGGAUGUCAAGUGCAAGGUGAGUAGCUGAGUCGAGCGACUAGAUUGGUCUGCGGCAAUUAAUGCUCUCCUGUGCGUUCGCAACACCUAGGGUGUGAUCAACGCCACCGGUCCAUUCAGCGAUGCUCUUCGCAAGAUGGACGAGCCCACCACGCAAGAGAUUGUAGCGCCCUCAUCCGGCGUUCAUAUCACCCUACCUGGCUACUUCUCUCCGCGUGACAUGGGUCUCAUCGACCCUCAGACUAGCGAUGGUCGAGUCAUCUUCUUCCUGCCCUGGCAAGGCAAUACGAUCGCUGGAACUACGGACACGGCGGCUCCUGUUGAAGCACACCCUCAGCCCAAGGAAGAGGAGAUUCAAUGGAUCCUGGACGAGGUGCGGAACUACCUCAGCCCUGACAUCAAGGUUCGCCGCGGAGACGUUCUGAGUGCCUGGAGCGGUCUUCGUCCAUUGGUCAAAGAUCCUGCGGCGAAGGACACUCAAAGUCUUGUGCGAAACCACAUGAUCAACGUCAGCGCGAGCGGCUUGCUGACCAUUGCUGGAGGGAAGUGGACCACUUACAGAGAAAUGGCCGAGCAGACGGUGGACAAGGCCAUUGAGACUUUCACGCUGCAACCUGUGCGCGGCUGCGUGACCAAGGAGACGAGGCUUUUGGGAUCUCACGGCUGGAGCAAGACUAUGUACGUCAAGCUCCUGCAGCGAUUCGGCCUCGAGACGGAUGUUGCGAAGCACCUCUCCGCAACAUACGGAGACAGAGCGUGGAGCGUUUGCAGCAUUGCCGAGCCCACAGGCAGACGCUGGCCCGUGCAUGGCAAGCGCUUGGACAGCCUCUAUCCCUACAUCGAGGCAGAGGUGCGCUACGCCUGCCGAUCCGAGUACGCCGCAAAGGCCGCCGACUUUAUCGCUCGUCGCUCGAGAUUGUCGUUCCUGAAUGCGGAAGCGACAGCACAAGCCUUGCCUCGCAUCAUCGACUUGAUGGCUGAGGAGCUCAACUGGGACAACAAGCGCAAAGAGGCGGAAUAUGCCGAAUCUCUAGACUUUUUGGGCUCCAUGGGCAUUCAGCCUGCUAGGGUCGAGCAGCUGAAGGCUAUCAGCUUGAACGACAUGCGCAAGAUCUGGGAGGGAAAGACGGCGGCCAGCAUCAGCAACCUUAGCGUCGCGGCGCUGGACCCUCGGGAUGCUGAGGCGACGUCGGUCUCUCGCGCGAGUUUCUCAAGCGAGGAGCUGACCGAAUUGAGGAAACGUUUCUCUCAGCUUGGUGAGUCGCAGUGUGUUGCAGCAGACUACAUCCCUGCCGCGGCUAAUCGGUUUUCCCUUGGCCUUUCGCAGAUGUCAACGCGGAUGGCCAAGUCGACGGUCGUGACCUGAAGGAGGUGCUCUCUCGUCUCGGCUACAAGAACGUUUCGGCGGAAACGAUUACCGGUAUUCUUGGCGAAGUCGACUUUGCAAAGACUGGAACGCUGCACUUCGAGGACUUUAUGGAUGUGUGCGCCGCCCUCAAGGACGCUAGAAUGGAGACUGCAUUCGGCAACAUUGUCAGAGAGGUGGAGAAUGGUGUCUCUUUCGAUCCCAUUGGGCCAUCGGCCAAGGAGAACUCGGCAAGCAGAGACGCCAGGCGUAAGAUCCCUGUCGAGAAGAGCGGCGGUGGCUGGUAA